AUGAGGGGCGCCGUCAUCGUCUUGGGUGCUGGAACAGACAGUGUAAAUGGAGCCUACGCCGCGAGCUCGCCGCAUGAAAGCCACAGCUGGGUGGACGAAGCCAGAGGCUACUACAUCCUUUCCCCUGCUACCGAGGGUACACAAGUGGGCCUCAUCGAUCUCUACUACAACAAGGACAGCGGUGGCUGGAAGAUUUCCGUUGAUGGCCACGAGCACUACCACGCAGACUGCCUCACGGGCCCCUGGACAGUGUACAACCGCGGCGAGCUGCCUCCACCGACUGUUCAGGGACCAGAUACUUGCAGCACCCCGGCGCCUACGCUGGCACCGACAGCACCUACGUCGGGAAGCCUCGGCUCGGUCCUCUCCUACACUGCGCUCGGCGUGGUCGCAUCCACCCUCUGA